CGUUAGCGCCCCCAAGCCGGCCCCGCCACCGGUCCCCAAAGUUCCCAAGCCGCCGUCCAAAUUCUGCCUGCAGUUCCAGGCCGUGCUGAACAAACGCGUGGUGCUGCUCGAGAGAAACGCGGUGGUGACCGGCCUGGUGCUCGCGACGGUUCUGAUGACGACGCUGAACACCAAGAACCCGGACGUGGCCCAGUACACGUCCGUGGACCCCGAGGAUUUCUCCCUGGGCAGGAACUGCGUCGCCUUCCUGAAGGUGGAGCCGGCCGCACCCGCCACCUUCGUCGACGCCUACAGGAGUCAGAUGGCUGGCCUCAGC